GAAGACUUGAAUGCGUUCAAUCGACUACAGUCCGAUAUACCAAAAAGGCCACCAGAGCUUGUUCGCGUGGAACUAUUCCAACUCUCGUUUGAACCUUGACAACUCAUCCAGCGACACAAGUCCCGUGACUGCACGUUGUACUGACAUGUUUGCUCGCCAUCCAAGGCAGUCCCAAAUUUGCCAAUUCAUCACGUUCCAUUAAAAAGACUCUUCACACAUUCAGGAAUUCUAUGGUCGCUUCAGAAUGACUAUGCCAGUCAUCAAGUGUAUUGCAGCGGCUGACUAUUUGGGACUUCUUCCAUGUAGCGACGCGUGCCAGCAUGAGCAUCGCAUCGGCUUAUCUCUCAAAGUCGGGAACAUUGCGUUUACCCGUCAAUGGCUUGGGGUCAGGAGCGAUGAUAACUGCGACACCGCUAUGGUUCACGUCAGAGACGCAGUCUUGUCGGAUAUGCGAGAAGUAUUGAUCAAGGCGACGAGUUGGCUCCAGCCAUUGGAGCCUUUAAAGUACAUCAUCCUACUUGAAUACCCUAAACAGGACCCUGGACUGGAAUUGCUGUACGCAUUGCCAGACCUCUGGACGAUCGACGAGACGAGGUCAAUGCCAACGACGAUCCGAGGAAAGAUUGGUCCAAGCGACUCAAUUAUAGUUGCUUUCUUCGACGAGGAACGAACUGAGAUUCGUUGCGCGUUUAUACAAUAGGACCGUCUCGAAAUAUUUCGCAAACCGCGUGCACAAUCUCCCCAGGGAAGACUGAAUAUCAUUUCUUCUAACGAAAGCGCGUGGAUUGAAAAUGAUUUCUCGAACCUCGGACGAAAGAAGUCUAGGUACAUUG